AUGCCGUCUGUAAUGAUGCGCGCCUCGCAGGCAUCAUCUACCCUUGGAAAGGGCCUUCAGACCAGGCUUGUUUCAUCGUCUUCGAACACCGAAAACCCGUCCAAGAUCCUAGCUAAGCAGCGCCGUAAUCGUCCUGUUUCUCCCCACCUUUCUAUAAUCAAACCCCAGAUUGGCUGGAUCAGCUCAACACUACACCGUAUCACUGGCGUCGCCCUGUCCGGUACUCUCUACCUAUGGGCUACCGCUUACGUCCUCUCGCCCGUUUUUGGGUGGCAAUUAGGUUCAGCCAGUAUGGUAGCCGCAUUCGGUGCGCUCCCUGUUGUUGUGAAGGUCUCGCUCAAAGCUAUCAUGGCCCUUCCAUUCACCUACCAUAGCUUUAACGGCAUUCGUCACUUGAUAUGGGAUCUAGGUCUUGGGCUCUCCAAUCUUGCUGCGAUCAAGUCAGGCUGGACUGUGGUUGGCCUGAGCAUGCUCAGCGCGCUCGCUCUUGCUUUCAUGUGA